AGAUUAUGCAAAUUAACCACAAAAAACACAUGCUCGUUAAACCCUGAUUGGCUCCAGAGAAAAUUUGCGAUAUAAUAAAUUCUCUCUAUUUUCCCUCCUUUUCUCUCUGUUUGUCUUUCACGUUAUACAGUGCUACAUACAUACACAUGUGAAUGCAUGUAGAUAUAAUAGUUAGGUUUUCUGUAUUUAAUCGUGUUUUGUAAUGGGGAAAAUCUCGAGCGAAUUGGAAGCGGCGGAGAUGAAGAAGCAAACUCUGCGGAAAACGCUGGAGCAAAUCCACAGCUCUUCGUCUUCGUUUCUUUUGUUCUCGCUUCAAUGGAAGGAUCUGGAAGACCACUUCGAUACGGCGCGUCGUUUUCUCCAGGAACAGGUGCAAGGGCUCGAGUCCAAAGAGAAGCGGUUCGAAGAGCUUGAACUGAGAGAGAAGCGGGUUGAGGAGUUGUCGAGAGGUUUCGAGGCGAAAGAGGAACGAUUGAGAGAGUGUUCGAAGGAAUUUGAGUUGAAAGAGGCGAACUUGGAAGAGAGAGUUAGAGAGGUUGAAUCGAGAGAGGAGAGGAUUGAGGAGUGUUCUAGAGAUUUUGAGGUGAAGGAGAAGCGGUAUGGAGAGUGUAUUCGAAAGCUCAAAGCGAAAGAGAAGAGAUUGGGAGAAUGUUUGAAAGAAUUGGAGUUGAAAGAGAAGAAAAUUGAGGAGUAUGCAGAGCGAAUUCGAGAGCUUGAAGUGAAAGAGGAUGGAUUGAAGGAAAGUUGGAAGGAAUUGGAGGAAUGGAAUCAGGUGUUUGAAUUAAGAGAGAAGAAAAUUGAAGAGAGAUUUGGAGAGCUCGAGGCGAAAGAGAAGCAGUUGGAAGCGCGGUUUAAAGAGCUUGAAUUGAGAGAGGAAAGCAUUGGGUUGAGAUUGAAAGAUAUUGGUUUGAAAGAGAAGAGAUCAGAAGAAAUCAUAUUGAAUGAGAAUAAAUUGGGGGAGAGAGUUAAAGAGCUCGAGUUGAAAGAGAAGCUAUUUGAAAAGCGGAUUAAAGAGCUUGAAUUGAGAGAGAGAAGAUUCGCUGACUCCCUUCAUACCCGAGUAAAGACAGAGCCCUUAGAAGAUUUUCCAGUUAACAAUGUUGUUAAUAAAUCUUCUACUGCUAGUCUUCGAUUUUGUGUAACUAUGGAUGGAAAGAGCUUGCAAAUAUUCCUAAAUGAGCGCUGGAAAGAGCACGAUUCGAUGAGACUUGAAGUGGCUACUGCUCUUAGAUUGUCAUCAGACCCUGCAAAGCUUGUUUUGGAUGCUAUGGAAGGAUUUUACCCUCCGCGGUUGAAGAAGGGAGACGUGGAGUUUGAUGAGAGUAUGGUUCAAGGGAGUUGUGUUCUGUUGUUGGAGCAAUUGUUGAAACUUUCACCAAGUGUCAAACCUGACGUGAAACAAGAAGCAAUGAGAUUGGCCAUUGAGUGGAGGGCGAAGAUGAGGGUGGACAUAGAGCAUUCUCUAGAGGUUUUGGGGUUUUUGCAACUUCUAGCUUCUUAUGGAUUGGCCUCUGCUUUUGAUGAUGAUGAACUCAUAAUGUAUUUGGAGAAAGUUUCUGAGUAUGAACAGUUGCCUGGAUUGUGUCAGAUCCUUGGUGUUGAUAAUAUGGCACCAGUGAGCUGCACCGUUCAUUCCCAUGUAAAGAGUGUGCAAUUGUCAAAGGAAAGUUCGCUAUUGGACAGCAGAGUGGCUUCAUUAGCCGUGAAUGCUCAGCAGGAUCCUAAAUGUGUAUCUGUCAAUGUGCAUGGAGAGACAUUGAGAUCAUUACUUAACAAGCAAGUGGAGUAUGAUUCAAUUCAAAGUAAAGUUUCUGAUGCUCUUCAAUCUGUACUGGAUCCAGAUAAGCUUGUUUUGGAUGCAAUAAUGGGAAUUUAUCCUUCAAACUUAAAGGGAGAUGAAGGCUUUAAGUUGUGUUUUUCUAGAAACUUCAUUUUAUUGUUGAAACAAUUAAUAGGAGUUUUGCCCCAGAUUAAGCCUCUGGUGAAAGUAGAAGCCACAAAGUUUGCAAAUGAUUGGAAAUCAAGAUUGAAAAAGAAGAGAGAUGAUCCUUUGGAGGUCCUGGCCUUUCUGCAAUUUUUAGUAGCCUAUGGGUUGGCCUCUUCUUUUUAUGCAAAUGAGGUUCUUCGUCUUUUGGAUACUGAUGUUUGGCGUAAAGAGAUCCCUGAUUUAUGUCGGGUCCUUGGCCUGACAGAUAUCAUGCCUAAUUUCAUUCAAAAUCAUAUCAAAGAAGAGCAGCAGUUAGAAGCUAUUAAAUAUAUCUGUGCACUGGAGCUGGUGGACAAUUUCCCACUAGUAACUCUUUUAAAUGAUCAUUUGAAGAAUUCCAAAAGAAAAGCAGAGGACUUAUGCAAGGAAGGAAAUAAGUCACUUCCAGUUCAGCUUAAGGGGAUAAGCAAAGAGCUAACUGCUUUAAGAGCUGUACUCAGCUGGAUUGAAAUUUACAAGCUUGAAGAUGAAAACUUUCAUGAAAUCCUUGUAAAACACAUUGCAGAACAGGAAAAGCAGCAGGCAGAGAAAAAGCGUGAGUAUGACUCAUCCAAUGUCAAAAAUGGACCUCGUACUAGAUCCAAAGAUACAUUACUGCAACAGCAUCAACAACAACAAACAAACUGUAGUCCCAAAACUUUGGGGUCGGAGAUGGAUCCUCAACAAACUAAUCAAGUUCGACCACAGCAUACUGAGCAGAAAUGUGUUGCUACAACAACCAUGAUAACUGCCACCACUGCACCAUCCACCCUAACUUCUGGCAAUACUCCAAAGUCUGAACCUCAAGAACACAGUGGAAGUAAGCGUCGUAGGACAGAAGCUCCAAGAGAGGCUCCACCAAUCUAUGCUGUUGGUGCCACUUCUGCUUUUCACUCCGUGCAACCCCCUAAUUGGCAUCCACCAGGUUUGUUUAUGGAUCAAGAUGCACCAUACUUCGACACAUCAGCUAGACAUUAUAGUUUGUCAGGCCAUCCUCUGCCUGACGUACAUAUGAACCCAUACGUUUUUCCUGAUUACCCUAGGGAUGCACUUAGGAGACCUGGUUAUUAUGAAAGGAUACCUGGUUAUUAUGAUAGGCCAAUAUUUGAUCCUGCAGAUACAAUCAGGGGACCCGGUUUGUACAAUUAUCCAAUGCAUUAUGGUGGCUAUAAUUUACCACCCUAGUACCUUAUUCUUUUGGACCUAAAAACACUUGUGUUUGGCGAGUGCAAAAAAAAAGCCAACUUUUUAGGA